AUGUCUGUUUUAUAAUUGAAACGGCUUGAUUGAAAAGCUUCUGUUCAGCAUUUGCUAGCUAGCUAAGUUAGCUAGCUAAACUUAGCAACGGACCACUGUAUGGGCCAGGGAUCUCCAACCCUAUUCUUGGAGCGCUGUCCUGUAGAGUGGACACAUAAUAUUGGACAAAGCUACCGUCUUCUGUAAAUGUGGGAUUUAGCUGAUAGGGAAUUUAACCUACAAAGUGCCAACAUCGCCACCCUGGCGUUUCCUUGUUUUGAUGGCUGUUAUCUUCCCAAGCAAGAAAAUGAAUUUGUUCACACAGUCCUGCACGAACUGGAUGCUUACCUACAGAGAGAGAAACAGAAAAGUGCCCUACUCUUCCCCCCUCUAUCAAGCAGACUUCGCUACCUGAUUCACAAAACCACUGAGAACCACCGUAACCUCGCCACCUUCUCCGUGGGGGAGGGCUGGAGCCGCAGGGUAGUUGUCUGCUACUCGCACCUCAGGCUGGAUCUGGGGGAUGAAAGCAACACAGACAGUUUCUACAAUGAGGCUCCUAGGAGAGGUAUGGGGAUGCAGAGCAGCAGAACGGACCUCCAGCCCAGACCCAAACCCCUGGCCCAGCGGAGCGGAGGUAACGCCAAACGCCCUGACAAGGCCAUCUACGUCCCAAGGGCGGCUAGGGACAGGCAACGAGACAGUGGCAGUAAUCUCCACGGACCACCAGCAGGGGUGGACCUCGAUCUGCCCCUGCCCACUCUUAGCUUCACCUCCUCGGGAUGCACCUCCACCUCAGAGUCCUGCUCCUGCCACUCCUCAGACACCACGGAGGGAACGCUGUCAGAAACGCAGGCCAACACCAACCAGGACAGUGUGCCUUCUAACACCACCACCUCUAGCGCUGGGCAGGAGGAUGACUUCAUUCGCUUCUCAGCAGAGGAGCCCUGCCCCCGCCCCCCCGCCUGGGACCAGACUGUGUCUUACUUCAUGGCCCUAACCAUGGAGGACCAGACUAGGGAAGCCCAGGAGGAGGAGGAACAUGUAGCGGAGGAGGUGCUGACAGAGGAGUCGUCUGUAGGCAGUAGCAUCGUGACCUCCCACCAACACCAUGCCUCUGAUACAACACCAGCCAAGGAUGCUGCUAGCGAUGCUGCUGAUUUUAGCCAAGAGAUCAAGGCCCACUUGACAGAGACUGACGUGGCCAUCGAACACGCCCACAACGACUACUCUUGUUUCGAGAACGUGUGGAUCAACCAGGACGAAUUUGCCCACGUCAUUGAGAUCUACGACUUCCCGGCCAUGUUCAAAACAGGCGACCUGCUGGAUGCCUUUGCAGACUACAGCGACGAAGGCAUGAAAAUUAAGUGGGUGGACAACACUCACGCCCUGGGCGUAUUCUCCAGUCAAUCUGCAGCCCUCCAUGCACUUUCCAUUCGGCACCCUCUCCUGAAGACAUGCACUCUGUCUGACGGGAGCAAGAAGGCCAAAGGGAAAGCCAUAAGACGUGCCGAGUUUAUCCAGCCGGUGAAGGAGAGGCCACGGACAGACUCUGCGGUGGCCCGCAGAAUGGUAUCCAGAGCCCUGGGAGUGCAGAGAGGUGGAACGCCCUCACAACGUUUCUGACCGCUACAGCAGGUGUGAUGGCCUUUUAACGUAGACUCAAGAGAUACAAAGUAAACCACAGUAUUGGGAUGACUAAACUACCGGGCCUCACUCUGCAAUGUCUUUAGUUCACGUUGGUGCUUGUGAUCACUGCAUAGUGCAGAGUCUCAGUUUAAGAAAUCAAUACAAGAACAUCAUGGUUUGCUUGUUUCAUUAUUGUUUAUUACAGAAAACAUGCAAGCACAAAAUGCUUUUCCACAUUCAACUAUAUACAGUACAGGACAAUCACCCAUCUAGUAAAGAGCACCCUUGUCAAAUGAAGGGCAGAAUCAUUAAUUUUCACAUGUCAUUCAUGACGUUAUACAAAUGAGAAAACAAACCGAUUUCAGAGUCCCUGACAGUAAUAAUUUAAUAAAAUGUACUAAACUGAGCGAAAUAUGCUAAGACUAAAAUGUAUAUUUAUCUUAGGAUGAAAGGUUUUAAAUAUGUUCCCAGAUGUUAUAUAUUAAGUGAUGCAAGAUAUGUUAACUUGGGCAGAAUCAGAACACAAAUUGCAUGAAUAACUCACAUUUUUACCUAAAUCAUGCAUCCAUGUUUGUGGGAGAUUUGGACAAAAGCUUGAGUUGUGUGUACAUUUUAAGUUAAGAUUCUGCCUUAAAUGCUCAUUGCACCAGUUUUGAUCAUCAAAAACAAAGUGGUAGCUGUAUGGUUGUAAUAAUAUUGUCUUAUCCUUAGUGAAUACUGUACAGGAAAACAUGGGUUCUUCCUAUUAAUAUUUACAAUGGCUUGCUACCACAUUGUCACAGACUGGCAUGAAACUGCACUAAAUUGACAAAUGAUUCCUCAUUUAUUUCAUCAGUAAAAAUAAUUAUAUAUAUUCCCAAUGGAGGCAAGACUUCUGCUACUUUCCCACCUACUUCAUAGUUGCAUAAAUUCCUGCUCAACACUUUUUGAAAAAAAGAGAAAAAAAUGUCUCGAAGUGCA